UAUUAACAUCACCUUUUAUCGCAUUUUGAUUCCUUUGAUUGAUUAUAUAAACAUUGUUUUUUUCGCUGAUUCUUUCAACGAAUGGUGCGAUCUUGAUUGACUUCUCUCUGAACGGUUUCAUCACUCGUUAGCCGGUUCAACUUUUCCGAGGUAUCUUAAUCUUCGAAUUUGGCUGCGAUUAUGAAAUUUGAUGAAGAAGCAUUGCAGCCAUCUCAUUCUCAAGGAAAAGGGGCUGAGAUGGGAGAGGAGAAUUCGGACUCGAUUGAAUCGACACAAGUCAAGAUAGAUUUGGGGGUAGCUGUUGGGCAAGAAAUGACUAAUCUGCCUCUGGUCCACAAGUUCUCCUGCAGCAGCACGUGUCCGUUCAUGGAGCACGGCUACAGCCAGUCAGAUUCAGCGCAACGGUCAAAGGCAGCUAUCAAACUUUGUGGGCUUAUAGUCUGUUACCUUAUAGUCAUGGUAAUCGAGGCUGUUGGAGGUUUGAAAGCCAACAGCCUAGCUAUUCUUACUGACGCGGCUCACUUGUUAUCUGAUGUUGCUGGACUCUCCAUUUCUCUCUUCACGGUCUGGGUAUCCGGUUGGGCAGCAACACCAGAACAUUCUUUCGGAUACCAUCGUUUUGAGGUUAUUGGAGCGCUCCUAUCGGUGCAGCUAAUAUGGGUCAUGUCUGUAUCUUUGAUCUAUGAAGCUAUCAAGAGGCUAAUUACGAAGCAGACAGAAGUUAAUGGCCGACUCAUGUUUGUAAUCGCUGCCUUCAGCUUGGUGGUUAAUGUUAUCAUGGUCCUAUGGCUCGGUCACGACCAUUCUCACCAUAACGAUUCUCACAAGAUCUGCAAGGAUGACGGCCAUAACCAUGAGAAAGAGGAAUCCAAAACCGGAGAUGAAGAAAGUGUGAAUCUCAUCUCAAGUCCUCACGGGAGCAGUCACAUGCUGAACAUCAACAUCCGAGGGGCAUACUUGCAUAUAAUAUGCGACUGCAUACAAUCCGUUGCUGCAAUGGUAGCCGGUGUUGUUAUAUGGAUAAAACCGACAUGGCUAGUGGCCGAUCUGAUUUGCACGCUUUUGUUCACCACGUUUGCUCUAAGCACGACCUUCACCAUUUUGAGGGAUAUAUUUCACGUGCUGAUGGAGAGAGCGCCGUCCGACUUUGAUGCUGCCUGUGUUGGAAAUGGUCUCAAACUAAUCACAGGAGUUCGUGAUGUUCAUGAUCUUCACGUCUGGGCCAUCACGUCAGGUAAGCACGUGUUAUCGUGUCAUGUCGUGGUUGGAGCUGAAGUCUGCCCUCAAGGAAUCCUUCAUGAGAUUAAGGAAUACUGUGAAAGAACCUACAAAAUAUCUCAUGUAACUAUACAAGUUGAACAUGUGUGAUAUACUGAUGUCGUGCAAUGCAUUAUUGCAGGAAAACAUUUUUUCAAA